CAGCAUAAAUCAUGAAAUAUAUUAUUCAUGUUUCGCUUUUGUUUCCUAUUCGUUACUUGAAAGUUGCAGCAAAGAGUCACGCCAAAAAUUUGUUAAGUGUUUUCAAUGGCGAGUUGCUGUGACGACUCAAUUCUUGAUGUAGUAGAUGGACAUGUGCACUUCGCUGCUGACGUUGAGCCUCACAAUCGCAUUCAAGUAAAACAAGACAGCGACAAUUUUCACGUUCAUCUUGGAUUCUUGCAAACAAAACAUAAAUAUGAAAUAAAGUUCGACGUCCCCAAUCUCUUUGGUUUUGGCGGCAAGAUUUCAGCGACUAAUAAGUCAUCCAGGAACUUUGAACAGUUUGAACUCGACGUGACUGACAUUCAGCCUUCAGAUUCCAACAUGUUGAACAUUGUCCUUCAUCUCACUGUAUUCAAAGAAGGUCUCAGAAAGAUCAGUUUUACACUUCCAAGUGAUGAUAAAGAAUUUGAUGUCAUCUUGCAUGCAAGAGUCUUGGGGAAACACAGUGGAACACCGAUGCUUAAGGAUGGCAUACAUUGUCUCCAAGUGAUCAAACGUUGAUGUGGCUUCUUUCUCCGCUUGAGAUACAAAUUGGCAUUGUAAAUUGAAGAGCAUCACAUAUCUUAUGUAAAUAGUUUUAAAGAGACGAUGCAAUUAUAAAUAAUCGUAUAAA